CUUAGAUUUGAUCCCGAUCAAUUCAAAGGGUUAGUUUCACAGUCCUAAUUAUAUUCUGAUUACUGAUUAGUAAUUACACUACACAUAAUAAUCAGCUAAGUUCUGUUAACUUUGAUUUUGUGCCUAAUUUUGUUUCAUUCCAGGAUGGCCCAAUAGGCUCAGAAAUUAUCUAGCUUAAUUAAAAUAUGGGCUAGCCCAUUAAUCCGAGCCCAUUUGCUUAUGGGUAGGGUUUUAGGUUUCCCCCGACUCCGUUACAUAUAUUGCUUCCUGGCUGUUGGUUUUUUGGCUGGCGGCUUCAUAUCUUCGAGCGAGAGAAACAACAGGCGGAGGAGAGUGACGAAAAGGGUUUUGCAGCAAUGGCACCGAGGAAGACUCCCGUCGUUUCCAGGAACCCGCAGCUCAUCAGGGGAGUUGGCAAGUACUCCAGGUCCAAGAUGUACCACAAGCGUGGUCUCUGGGCGAUCAAGGCCAAAAAUGGCGGCGUUUUCCCCAAGCACGAUCCUAAACCGAAGGCCGCCUCUACCGCGGAGAAGGUGUCCAAGUUUUACCCGGCCGACGAUAUCAAGGUGCCGCUUCCCAACAAGCGCAAGGCUAAACCCACCAAGCUCAGGGCUAGCAUUACUCCUGGGACUGUUCUGAUUAUCCUUGCUGGAAGGUUUAAGGGCAAGAGAGUUGUGUUCCUUAAGCAGCUAACUUCUGGGUUGCUUUUGGUCACUGGCCCAUUCAAGGUUAAUGGUGUCCCUCUCAGGCGUGUGAACCAGGCCUAUGUCAUUGGAACCUCUACCAAGGUUGAUAUCUCUGGUGUCAAUGUUGACAAGUUCGAUGACAAGUACUUUGCCAAGGCUGCGGAGAAGAAGAACAAGAAGGGAGAGGGAGAGUUCUUUGAGGCAGACAAAGAGGAGAAGAACGAGCUGCCUCAAGACAAGAAGGACGACCAGAAGACCGUUGAUGCAGCAUUGAUUAAAUCGAUUGAGGCAGUACCAGAUUUGAAGUCGUACUUGGCUGCCAGGUUCUCUUUGAAGGCUGGGAUGAAGCCUCAUGAGCUUGUGUUCUAAGCCAACAGUGUUUUAGAAUCUAUCUUUUGUUGUCAGCUGGAAUUUUGGUUCGAGACAUUUGUUCUGGAAAGGUUUGUACUUGAGAGUUUUGAUUGUGUGAUAAACGAGCUUCUUUAAAUCAAACAAGAUAACUGGUUUUGCAAGGCACUCCACUUGUGUCAUUGAAUGGUACCUUUAGGUUUUAUUCAAUUCCUAUUUUCUGGUUCUACUUCAUCUUAGUUAGAUUUCGUAUGUAGUACUCAGUUAUUGCAAGUAUUAUGGACCAGCUCUAUCAAACUGUCGUGUUUUUGAACGUUGACUAUUCAACAUAUCGAAGAACCCCUUCAAAACUUGUUGGUCUUUCGUUGAAUUUAGGCUUGAUUGGAACGUCGAAGGUUCCAAUUCUAAACGUUGUAUUUUGAGUAUACAUGUAUUUUUGGUUUGGAGAAUGUUUAUUUCAUUUAUAAUUUGUGCAUUCUUUUAUGUAUUUCAAACCAAACAUUUUUCAAACCAACACAUUCUUAAAUCUUAAUAUACACAUUCUUCUAAUACAUCAUUUCCGGAAUCAAAGGUUCACAAAGAC